CCCUCCGCACCCCCGCCCGGAGCCGCCGAAGCACCUCCGUGCGUUGCACUGCCAGAGGCCGGGGCUGGCUCGCCGUGCUGCUCAAGCGCCGCACCCCACCCGGUGGGCGGCAGCGGCGACGCACGCCCGGGCCUUUUACUGCCCGCCUCCAAUUGCAUUGCCUGCCCUAGCCCCUCACUGCCGUCGGCGGCUCGGGCUCGCCCGGGAGUGGCGAGUAGCAGAGCACUGGUACCCAGGGCGCUGCAGCCGGCCCUGCGCCCUCCCGGUGGAGCCGGGAGUCGUGCCGUCGCCCCCCGUCUGGCAGAGAGCUGGGUCCAGCGUCCAGCCCUCCGGCCUUUGCUUAGGGCCCCCACCCCGCAGAGAGGAGCGGUCCUACCGAAACCGGCCCGGUCCGGCCCGGCGGUGAGAUGAGCUUCUUCGGCUUUGGGCAGAGCGUGGAGGUGGAAAUCUUGCUGAACGAUGCGGAGAGUAGGAAGCGGGCCGAGCACAAAACGGAGGACGGGAAGAAGGAGAAAUAUUUCCUCUUCUACGACGGAGAGACGGUCUCCGGGAAGGUGAGCCUCGCACUCAAGAACCCCAACAAGCGGCUGGAGCACCAGGGCAUCAAGAUCGAGUUCAUCGGGCAGAUCGAGCUCUACUAUGACCGCGGGAACCACCAUGAGUUUGUGUCCCUGGUGAAGGAUUUGGCCCGGCCCGGAGAAAUUAGCCAAUCACAGGCCUUCGACUUUGAAUUCACCCACGUGGAGAAGCCGUAUGAGUCAUACACAGGCCAGAAUGUGAAACUAAGGUAUUUCCUUCGAGCCACCAUCAGCCGCCGCCUCAAUGAUGUCGUCAAAGAGAUGGACAUUGUAGUCCACACACUCAGCACGUACCCAGAGUUGAACUCCUCCAUCAAGAUGGAGGUUGGGAUCGAGGACUGCCUGCACAUUGAGUUUGAGUAUAAUAAGUCCAAAUACCACUUGAAAGAUGUCAUUGUAGGAAAGAUCUACUUCCUCUUGGUGAGAAUCAAAAUCAAGCACAUGGAGAUAGAUAUCAUCAAGCGGGAAACGACGGGCACAGGCCCCAAUGUGUACCAUGAGAACGACACGAUAGCCAAGUACGAGAUCAUGGACGGGGCACCCGUGAGAGGAGAGUCCAUUCCGAUCCGGCUCUUCCUGGCGGGCUACGAGCUCACCCCCACCAUGAGGGACAUCAACAAGAAGUUCUCCGUGCGCUAUUACCUCAAUCUGGUGCUGAUAGACGAAGAGGAACGGCGCUACUUCAAACAGCAGGAAGUGGUGUUGUGGCGGAAAGGUGACAUCGUACGGAAGAGCAUGUCCCACCAGGCAGCCAUCGCCUCACAACGCUUCGAGGGUACAGCCUCCCUGGGUGAGGAGGGAGAUGAGAGCCUCAGCAGAAGACUCUGCUACACAACUUCAGAAUAAUUCUGCUUGCCAAAUUAUGUCUUCAUCCUCACCAGUUGACUGACCAGAGUUUAGGACCAUUGAUGUUUUUGUUUAAAAACGUAUAUAAAAACUCUUGUGGGUAUUCUUGUUAUGCUAAAGGAGAAGGGGACAUCCCUCUGUUGCACUGUGUGUGGGCCUAUUGGAGUAAAGGUGUUGACAUCCUUUUCUGCCUCAUCUGGAAAUGACCUGCGGGCCUCCCUUCCCUUCAGUCAGACCCCACUGGCCAAUGAGUACAAUAUUCGGUGGUCCGAGUUGUCCGUAGUUGGGAAAGCAGAGGGGUUGGUUCCUGUUGUCAUCCUUUAGUGUGGAAAAUUCGCGCUCCUCUUUUCCUCAGCAAUCAGUGCAGUCAUGGGCCUCUGACUGGGCAGGGCUCCUGGGUCAGGACUGAGACUGGUGGAAAAGAUACUGGGAUGACACUUGAGGUUGACUGGGGACAGCAGGACCAAGGAAAGUAAGGUGGUUCCCCCCCAUGCUGGACCCCGAGUACAGGUGCGACGGACAAUCCCAUGGGAUCAGGAUUACCCAUCCAGCUGCCCCUGGAUUACUUAAUCAAGGUUGGGCCAUAAGUGUAUGGGGGAGGCAGGUUCUGUGUUCCUUGCCUUUUCCACAGGAGAUUAAGCUCUGGGGGGCCUCCCAGAAUAGCUGGUAUUCUAACUAGAAAGGACCUGUUAAUUCCUCUGCCUCCCAACUGACAACCCAAAUUCAUUUUCCAACUUUCCUAACAUCUUAAACCUUUCCUCUGGGAGAACUAGAAGGUAGAAUUUGAUUUUAUUCUCUCAGGAGCUGUGCAUAAGCCAGGUCUUCUGUUUUCCCUCACUCUGCCCCCAUUCACUCCUUGUCUGUGCAACUGUGGUGAGGGGAGGCCUCGCCCCCACCUUUACAGGUCCCCAUACCUGGGAGUGCAUAGGUACUAAACCAAGCAGUGCAACUUGUAAUUAAGCAGCUGCAGCGUUUACAUGUUUCUUAAUGUGUCGUCUUUUCAAUGGCUGUAUUUU